AUGUUCUCUCCUGAGAUAACACAUGGACGGUAUAGGCUACCGAAAGCUUUGAAGAAUGAUAAAACCCGGUUUAGAAAAGAAAGUCGGUUCAAGCACCCAAGACUCCGGUUACAAAAGAAGCCUCCUAAGGUGCCUGGGUUGCCUGAUCUGAGGAGUAGAAACUCCUUAAACAAUGAAGAAAAUGUUCAUAAUUUUAGAACAAUUGAUACAACUAGCCGGAACUAUAGGUAUACUCCUGAGGCACAGUUUUACGAUGAAUCUGAGAAAUAUAGGAAAUCGGGUUAUUUCAAAAACUCAAUGCAGAUGUUGAGAGCGAUUGGAAACGGUCAAGUGAAUAUUGGGCUUAGUUAUGACAUACGAAGCUUGGAUAAGCCAGAUGUGAGAGAGAAAAACGGACACCCGAUUCACCAGAACAUCCGACUGUGCAAUACACCUCAGAGACUUACAGAGAUGAGCUACGUCCAGUUCUUUGAUGACCUUGUUAAGGAAAAUAAGAAGAAGGGAUCCUCAGGCUUUAAGAGAUUUAAAGAGCAGGUGCCCCCGAGGCAAGUAGCUUCUGUUAAGAAGGAAAAGAGAAAGCCAGGAUUGAUGAGUGGCAUUAUCUCUAUGAUUGCCAAGAAAUCUGGCAAGCUAAACGUCUCAAAAAAGAAGAUGAAUAAAAUGGAGUUAUACAACAAGUGUAGACUAAGCAAAAAGAGCAUUAAUAAAGGUAUUUAUGAAAAAGUACUCUUGCUCUCUACCAAGCAUAAGAAGCCAAACAAGUUGCCAAUGACUCCCGAGAUAGCAGACAUCAGUGCUCGUCAUGAUGAUAGUCUGAAUAUGUCUUCGGCCAAACCAGAUAUUGCAAACCAGAGUAUGAUGCCAGUGAAGGAGAAUCUAAUUUUAUCUCAAAAGACCCCUCCUCCAAAGAUUUCAGACCCUAAAUUACAGCAAAUAAAAUCGAAUUUUCGGAACAGCAGGCAGAGCACUUUUGGAGGGAAGUCAAUAAAGAUGGUUCAGAGUAUUGGCAAAAAGAGUGGUCUGAUCAGUGAGGCAAAUAUCUCUAACCAGGCCAGUAAACCCAUAGAGAAGGCUCGUAAGACUUUGGACCCGAAUGUGAGUAUUAAUACACAUAAGGAGAAUUUGGUUAUGCCUCAGAGAGAUGCUGGUAGUCCGAUGAUCAAGAUUGAGCGACUGAAGACAAAGGAUAAAGCAAACAUUAAGGGCGCACUUCUGAAUAAUACUCUAAUGGGUGUGAAGCAAGAGCCCAUGUCUCGGAUGAAGUCUAGUCUUCCGAAGAGAUAUAAGAACAAUAUAUAAUUUGGUCAUUCAUAAUUUUGCA